AUGAAUUUCGACGACGACGACAAAAAACUUCACACUUUGACUAUCAAUUCUGAAUAUGCGAGACGUUAUGAAGAACGAAAAAGGGGCGAAGAGUUUUCAAAACUCAAGGAAAAAUAUGGUGAAAUUUCAGUUAGAAAAAUAGACUCUGAAGACGAUGACAGCGAGUUAAGUAGUUCGGAAGAGGAAGACGAAUUUGGCGAGCUGGUUACUCCAGAAAUUGACGCACAGAUAAUGAAAACAAUAACCGCAAUCCGAGCCAAAGACCCUAAAUCUCAAUCCAAGCCAUUGCGAAUUGCAGAUUAUCAGCGUAAUGUUUUAUUAGAGAACGGAGGAAUUGUUGAUGAGGAUGAUGACAACGACUAUCGAAAAAAAACUAGCAAUGAAAAGCGUGAAUUAACUCAUGUGGAGGAACAGGAACAGCUAAAAAAUGAAUUCAAGGCUGCAUUUUUUGCUGCUGAUGAUGAUGCUGAGAAAGAAGAAGAUUUUCUGGUGGAAAGAUCAAAAACUGCUGAAGAAUUAGAAGCUGAAGAAGAAGACUAUCGAAAAUUUUUAUUGGAGAAUAUGAAGGAUGAAAAACAUGGAAUUUUACAGCAAUGGCAAGACUUAGAAAAAGAUUCUAGUCAAAAUCCGGACGAGGCAUUUCUAAUGGAUUACAUUCUUAAUCGUGGAUGGAUCGAUAAAAAUGAUAAAAAUGCCACCCGAAUUCCAACAUAUAAAGAGCUUGUCGAAGAGCAUCAUGAUGAUGAGGAGGAGGAGGAUGAAUUCGAAGAAGCUGUUGAUCGAUUUGAAAGCAAAUACAACUUUCGAUUUGAAGAAGAAGGAAGUAGUAAAAUAAUUACGCAUUCUCGUAAUAUUGAAGGUUCUGUACGAAGAAAAGACACCAAGCGUAAACAUCAACGACAAGCGCGUGAAGAACGCAAAGAAGAGGAGAAAUUGAAGAAAAGGGAAGAAUUAAAAAGACUAAAAAAUUUAAAGAAAAAAGAAAUUCACGAAAAAUUGAUGCAAAUUAAAGAAAUUACCGGAAAUCCAAAUGUCGGAUUCGACGAUGUUGAUCUGGAGGAAGAUUUUGAUCCAGAAAAAUAUGACAAGAGAAUGAACAGUGUAUUUAAUGAGGAUUUCUAUGAGCAGGAGGAUGAGGACGAAAAACCUGAAUGGGAUGAUGAUAUUGAUAUAGAUGAUAUUAAAGACAGAAAGAAACAAAAAUUUAACGAAAAACCUAGAUUGGAUGAUGAAAGGAAACGAAAGUUUGACGAAUAUUUAGAUGAAUAUUAUCAACUCGAUUACGAAGAUAUCGUUGCCGGUAUUCCCGUACGUUUCAAAUACGCACAAGUAAAACCAACCAGUUUUGGUCUCACUCCUGCAGAAAUAUUCUUAUCAGAUGACAGAGACUUGAAUGAAUAUAUACCACUAAAAAAACUAGCUCCAUUUCGACCGGCGAGCGUAGUACGAAAAGAUUUAAAAAAAUAUUCGAAAAAGAAACGACUGCAACAAUUCCGUAAAAAGCUGGAAAACUUGGAACGCGAGCAACCGCCUCCAAAUAGCUCAUGGAGUAUUAAAACAAUCAAGCGUAAAGCAGAACAAGAUCGUUUAAAAUCUGCUGAAGGUAACAAAAAAUUAAAAACUGAUAAUUCGGAUGAGAAAAGCUCAAAAUCAGAUAAAAAGAAUCUUAUAAAUGGAAGAAAAAAGAGAAAACCAAAUAAAAGUAGAAUGACAAAAAAAUUUAGUUAA